CGCGCGCGGCAGCCGGCAGCAGGUCGUGCCAUGGACGACGACGCCACGGUCGGAUCGCGGCAGCGCCAGCAGCAGCCGGCCUCGCCGGCGGCGGCUGAUUCCAGGGCCAUGAUGGCGGAGCUGGACGCGCCGCUGCACGCCCUCGGGUUCGAGAUGGAGGAGCUCUCCCCGUCGCGGCUCACCGGCCGCCUCCCCAUCACUCCCAUCUGCUGCCAGCCGUUCAAGGUGCUGCACGGCGGCGUGUCGGCGCUGGUGGCGGAGGCGCUGGCGAGCAUGGGCGCGCACAUGGCGUCGGGGUACCGCCGCGUCGCCGGCGUGCAGCUCAGCAUCAACCACUUCCGCAGCGCCGCCCUCGGCGACACCGUCCUCGCGCAGGCCGUCCCCGUCCACGUCGGACGCUCCACACAGGUGCGCUGCCCUUGGUUUUUCCCUUCCACGGUCUAUGAUUGCAUCGUCCUCGACCUCGUCCCCUUUACGACCAUCGCCAGCCAUCUCCUCGACCACGCCUCCGCACGACGAUCGGCGAACAAGCUAUCUGGUCAACGACGACCGCUAGCCGGCUAGCCCUGAGUGGGUUUGGUGCGUUGAGGCCUUAGCAUUUAUUAACCCAUGAUCAAUCUAUAUUUAGCUCUUUUAGACCUUGCUUGAUUAUUCCCACGACAGUAUGAAUUGGAAGGGAUUCGGAAUAAUUUUGAUUUGCUAGAAAUUUAAACUCUCUCAAUCUUCUCUAAUUCAUUCUAAUUUAUAUGUGUUGAGAUUGAGGCCCUAUUUAGACGCAAUCAGUUUUUAAGAAUCCAGUUUCUAUCUCUAGUUUCUAGAAAUCGGUUUAUAAAGAAAGAAAAAACUGGUUUAGGCCUUGUUCGUUUGUAUCGGAUUGCUCCCGAAAUCGUUCCAGCUAAUCAAAGUUUAUAUAAAUUAGAGAAGCAAUCCGGGUAGUAAACGUUCCGCUCCACCAAUCCGGCACAAACGAACAAGACCUUAUAGUGUUUGGAACCGGCUCAGUUUUUAUAAACUAGUUUUAUCUAGGAGGCGCUAGUUUUUUGGUUUUUAAAAAACUAAAAAUUUUCAUAAACCAGUUUCUGUGUUUUCAAACAGGCCUUAAAACGACACGUAACAUGUAAAACGCGGAACUAAUUUAUCUCCCGUCCUUCCAGCAACAAUGCGACCGCAACUGAACGUGCACACGGCGAGCCCAUCCCAUGCACUGGUGUACAGGCAGUAGCGGUUAGCUGAUCUGUUUGUGCGUGACGGGACGCAGCACCAACCAACCGGGGGCUCCGAGAAGAUGCAUGGUCCACCACGCCACCCCGGCACUAGGCCAUUGCCCAUUGGCAUUUGGCAAGGUCUAUAAUGUCCGUCACUACCAGCGACCCCUCCUAGGCCUAGUAGCAGCAACUAGCAAGCUGCUUCGUCCCUCCCCUUGUGGCCCAGGACAUGGCUACGAGAACGAACUAGAUGGCAGCCGCGGUCCCAGCCAUUCAUUCAAUCCGGAGUCGAGUAGCAAUGCGCCAGAGCGUCGGUGACCUGGACCAUCUAUUUCAUUUCGGGCACUAUCAGGUUGAUUGGUUGGGUGGCCGAGCGUGGCCUGAGCGGUGUGAGCAUGGCUCACUGGAAACGUAACAAUCAUACGUACCUGCGCAUGCAGGCUGGAGAGCUGAUUUUAGCAAACGCUGCAGCUGCGGGUGCAGCCUUAACGUCGCAUGCGUAGGCAAGCAAACAGGAGCGGUCCCUUGGUCAAUACAACUAGAGAGUCUGGAUGGAUAUGUGCAGCCAACCAAUCACAAUCUAUCUAAAUGCACCAAUGCAAGAAAUUCCUAGCGAUCGAUCCGGUUAUCGUGAACCGGCUGGAAAUUCGGCGUCCGUGACAGGUAAACUGAGAGGACAAAGGAGCAGUGAGCUGUCUGUCUGCGGAACCAAGCCACCAAUUCCGAUCUGAGCAUCGGUCCGUCAGGCUCAGGCCCCUCUGGCCUCCACACCAAGUCCCAGCCACCCAACCCAGCUACCCGUCUACCCCGCGGCGGGUGACGCUGACGCCACGGCAACGGCACCCGGCUCCGGCGUGAUGCUAUCUCCAACAACUUGUACUCACUAACGCUGAAACAUGUUCCUUCCGGUCUUACGGAAAGAACAUAGACUCCACACGAUUGCACUAAGACUGUCUUCAGCUUCAGCACUUCAUCCAUAUGAUCAUCCAAAACAGUGUUUUGCACUAUAAAUUGUAUUAUUCUUUAUUCAUAGAGUACAAUCAUAAGUUGGCUAGCAUAAAAAGGAUAGAUAGUUGAGGCUUGGCAUAUCCGAAUCUUCUCAGACAGUAACAGACAAGCUUGCCCAGAUGGAUCCUUCUUUCUAUACUCUGCAGGCCUACAUAGUAGUGACUCAUCUCUAGUUUAGUGUCCUCGAACCGAACAAGAAACAGUGAUGAUGGCUGCGGCGGCUAGCUAACGAGGUGGAACCACCGUCCCAUCUUUAAAAACUAGAAUGAGACCAUCCUAACUUACUUAGAUUCCCAAACCAAACGUUACCUAAAAGUAAAACUAUAUGAUGUGAUUUUUUUGCAGACCUUAAAUUCAUUUUUAUCCAUGUUUUUGUUGUUGUUGGAGUUCUGCUGUUCAAUUUGUUGAUGCUAAUAUGGUCAGUUACCGCAACUCGCUCCUUCUCUUUGAGGACCCUUUCUGAAACAAAAAAUUCGAUUGGAAGGUUUGGGAGGUGAAGCUCUGGAAGAUGGAUCCGUCCACAGGAGCGAAGGGACCUCAGAUCGCCGAAUCCAGAGUCACGCUGCUGUCUAACCUGCCGUUGCCGGAGGAGCACAAGAGGGCAGGAGACGCUCUGAAGAAAUAUUCAUCAAAACUGUAGAGAAGAAACUUCAUGCUCAUGAAAGCCCUUGCAUCUUGCAGGUUUCACGGAUCUGAUGGAUGUUGUAAUUAAAAAGCAUUGCCUAUAAUAAAUAUUUCUUAUUU